AUGGCGACGCUGCUGCGCCGGGCCCUGCGCCCCUUCCGCCCCCUCCGGGGCCGCCCGGGGCCGGCUGCAGACGCGCCGCUCCGCGCCGCCAGCCGAGGCGCCGGCCUGCUCUACCCCGAGCACAUCCCCACCUCCCCGCUGCAGAAGGCGCUGCUGGCCGCCGGCUCCGCGGGAAUGGCGCUCUGCGACCCGUAUCGCCACGACAUGGUUGCAGUUCUAGGGGAGACCACUGGACUCCGUGCCCUGAAGCUCCUCAGAGACCAGAUGAGGAGGGAUCCAGAGGGUGCCCAGAUCCUGCAGGAACGCCCCCGGAUCUCACUGUCCACCCUCGACCUAGGCCAGCUCCAGAGCCUGCCUCAGGGCUCCCUGGGCCGCGAGUAUCUCCGUUUCCUGCAUGAGAAUAGGGUCUCCCCAGAUACCCGGGCACCCACCCGCUUCGUGGAUGACGAAGAGCUGGCGUACGUGAUCCAGCGGUACCGGGAGGUGCACGACCUGUUGCACACGCUGCUGGGGAUGCCCACCAACAUGCUGGGGGAGAUCGUGGUGAAGUGGUUUGAGGCUGUCCAGACGGGCCUGCCCAUGUGCAUCCUGGGUGCGCUCUUUGGACCGAUCCGUCUCAGUGCCCAGAGCCUGCAAGUGCUGGUCUCGGAGUUGAUCCCAUGGGCAGUUCAGAGCGGGCACCGAGCCCCGAGUGUCCUCAACCUGUACUAUGAGCGGCGCUGGGAGCAGCCCCUGAGGGCUCUGCGGGAGGAGCUGGGCAUCACCGACCCCCCAUGCGUGACCAGAGCCUCUCCGCGCCCCUGAGCCGCUGAGCCAGGAGGGCCUGACCCAGCCCCACACACCCUGCUUCCCCGGGACAGAGGCUGCUGUGCCGCUGCCGAGUUCUUUCUCUUUGAACGCCGG